AUAUAUGUCAAAUUACAUUUGUUUGAAAAUGGCAACAAACUUCAUGUUCUUGAGAAUCAAAACCAAAAUCACUUUGGUAAUCCUCUUUUGUUUUCUUUCACCUAUUGUUUCAGCAAUUUCCUUCACCAAGAUUCGAUUGCCGAAAAAUGCGACCGGUCCCGAGGCACUUGCAUUUGAGUUGACAGUCCCACGGUUCUUUACUGGUAUAGCCGACGGUAGAAUUCUGAAAUAUCUAGGCCCAACCAUUGGCUUUGAAGAGUUUGGAUUUACCGCUCCUAACAGGCCAAAGUCGGUGUGCGACGGCACGGAAACUGCCAAUCCAAAUCCGGUUUGUGGAAGGCCAUUAGGGAUGGCAUUGCAUCAUCGAACAAAUCAGUUGUAUGUUUGUGAUGCUUUUUUCGGAUUCGGAGUUUUGGGUUGUAGAGGAGGAUUGGUAACUCAACUUUCCACUGCCGCAGAUGGUGAACCUUACCGUUUUUGCAACGGUGUCGAUGUCCAUCAACCUACUGGAAAUGUCUACUUCACUGAUGCCAGCUCCAUUUUUGAUAUAACGCAACUCGACAUAGCAGCAAGUGUUAUGGAUUCGACGGGGAGACUGUUGAAGUACGGUGCCAAAACCAAGCAAGUGACCGUGUUGGUUAGGAAUCUUUCAUUUGCAGCCGGGGUGGCAGUCGAUGAAGAAGAAAAAUUUGUCAUGGUUACUGAGUUCAACGCGAACCGGACUCGAAAGAUUUCACUUCAGGGUGGUGGGUCCGUCAUCGCAACCAUACAGCCAACCCCGGAUAACAUUAAGAGGACGCGAUUAAACAAGUUCUGGAUAGCGGCCUCAAGGGUAGAUCCACGAAUGGAUUCGGGUUUGUUGCCAACUGGAGUAAGGAUCAAUGGAAAUGGCACUGUUUUAGAAACAGUUAAUCUUGAGCGAUGGUAUGGAAAUAAAUCAGUGUCUGAAAUUCAAGAGUUUGGUACUAAGCUUUAUAUAGUAUCAAGAUUAGAGGAUUUCAUUGGUGUCUUAUUAAAGCAUUAAAGUUUAAAAAACUUGAAACUGAAGUUAAUAAUAAAAGGAAGUGGCUACCCCCUCAUGUAAUGCAAUAGUAAUAAGAUCUGGUGUUCGGAUUUUUCAUAUUCGACAUUUACGCAUAUUGUAAACUAUAUCAGUAGUCAAUUAAAAAAAUUAUAAUUUGAUUAUCAA